AUGGGGGAGUCCUUCGUCCCCGCGCGGUCGUUCAAGCUUUUGGUAGACGCGAAGGUAGAGCUGCGGCAGAAGGGUGCAAAGGAAGUCUCACAAAAGGUGUCAACGGUAUUCCGAAGUAGCUCUAUCACAGAGGCAUAUGAAAUAACCACGAAGGAAUUGCAUGAAAUUGAAAGAAGUUUACUUCGGACCACUUCCCCGACGUACCGUAGGGGUGGCAUGAUUGCGAUUAGGGCGAUUAUAGCGUCACUGCCUCCUAGAAAUCAUGAACAGAGGCUGGUUGAGGACCUUGCAACAAUUGUAUUCGACAGCGUUGCAGAUGUGGAUGUGUCCGUGAGGAUGGCAGCUUUUGAGGCUGCUCAUGCACUUGUGCGCAACCUGCAGCAACAGCUUCUCAACUUCUGCUUCCUUCGCACGUUUCGUGGAGUGGCUUGCGGGAUAAGCGAGGGGGAUAAACGUGUGGUAUUGCUCGCAAGGGAGGUAUCGUCCGCCAUUCGUGAGCUCGUUACGGGGAAUGAUAACUUUUCAUUCAAGACGGAGCUUUUUGUGACCUUCAUCAACGAAACCCUGGUACCCUUCUGUUGCGCGACAGGCGAUGAAGGCAGCACUCACUCAGCUGUGGUCGAAUGGUGCCUCGAGUGGAUUUACCACGUUCUUAAUCUCCCCGGCGAUGACUUUAUUAUUCAGUUAUGGCAGCUGCUAAAACCCCUGUUGCUUCUCUCGGGAACAUGUAACGGUUCAGAAGCUUUGUCGUUGCUCCAAAAAUGUCUUGGUAAGACAAAAGAUGCGUUCACUCGACACGUGGACGUACGGGUGGCGAAACUCGUUUCCAUAGCAUGUGAAUGUGUGCAGGAUGCAAAUGCGGCUCUGGCAAAGAAAAGUGCGCUGGAGUGGAUAUCAGAGCUGCACACCGUCGGGGCAUUGGAGCUUCUGGAUCUCACUGAUGGCGUUGUAAAAGCGUGUCUAUCACAAUUAGGGUCUAAGGAUCUUGAGACACGCCUUGCGGCUCAGAAGGUUAACCAGAAGAUUACUCAGUUCAUUGCGGCACCACGUGACGACACAAAAGCUAUUCCGUACGAAGCCGUCCUGAAGGGUGUACUGGAACAGCUCGCGGAUCGUAGUGUCGAGGAGGUGCGCGUCGCCGCAUUGGAGUGGAUAGUGCUUGUCUUGCACGCGGCUCCAGACGUCCUGGAGUGUUGCUUCGAUGCGAGUUUUGAUACAACCGUAGCGCUGCUGUGCGACCGCUCCCUCCACGUUGUGCACAAGUGUAUUGAAGUAUUGUGUCUGAUAUCAGGUGAGGUACAUUUUGACCACUUCAUAGCUCGUCUUGUGGACUUGAUCCAUACGAAGGCGGAUGUGCUACUUCCAAAAGUGCCAACAAUCAUAAAGCAAUUGCAACUCCGGUAUCAAGAGGAGGACUUGGGUCAAUGUGAAAAGCUCUGUCUCAAGCUUGCUGACGUUGUUUCCUCGCACAAAGAUAAGCGUUUCGUGGAGAAGUUCGUAAUCACGCUCAACACUAUGCUCUUAACCUCAAGGGAGCUCCUCCCGCUUCGCGAAGUCCUCCACCGGGGCGUCGAUGACGCGCGCGCUCGCGAGGCGUUUCUAGGCUUAUAUAACUGUUUUUGCUAUAACACCGUGUCGGCGCUUUCGCUUUGCUUCUUAUCCCGUGCCUACGAGCACGCUUAUCAACUCGUCCGUUUCAUGGGAUCCUGUGAGAUGUCGGCUAACACACUCGUGCAACUGGAGCGCCUGGUCCGGCUUAUCGAAACCCCCGCCCUUUCAUACGUGCGAAUAGCGUUGAUGGAGCCAUCCAAAUGUCUUCCGCUUGUUAGAACACUUUUUGCAAUGCAGCUGAUAUUACCUCAGUGCUCUCCGCAAUACAUGAUUCUAUACCGGCGUAUCAAAACAAUUCCAUCCUUAGCGCGACUCGAGAGAGAGGAUUCAGCAAACGCUGUACAGGGCAGCAACAACGCCAUUUGGGAGCAACUUUUGAAUCAGAGCAAAGAGGCACAGAGAUGCACUGCAGAGUUCGAGCGGAGAUUCUUUCUGCAGCAGAUGGGGGAUGCCGACAUUUUGUAA